AUGGCAAAACUAGUACAUAAUGUGCAGAAAAAACAGCACAAGGAGCGUUCCCAGACACUGGAUAGAGCAAAGUAUGGUCUUCUAGAAAAGAAGAAGGAUUACAAGUUGAGAGCUGCAGACUUUCACAAGAAGCAGGCUGCGUUGAAAGUAUUGAAGCAGAAAGCGGCUCAAUAUAACCCUGAUGAAUACUACCAUGCCAUGACCAGAAAGAAAACAGAUGAAAAUGGUAUAGCAAUUAUUGAAAGAGAAAGCAGCGAGUCGCUUUCAGCCCAACAAUUGAAGUUGCUCAAAUCUCAAGAUGCGAACUACGUGAAGACGAUGAGAUUGAACGAGAUGCAGAAGAUUGAAAAACUUAAAAACAAAUUGGAGUUUAAGUCUAGCGGUAAACACACAAUUUUCGUUGACUCCGUUGAAGAAAAGGAACAGUUCAACCCGGAAGAGUAUUUCAAGACUGAUCUGAGCAUGCUAGAAAGAAGGGAGAACAGAUUGCGUGUGGACCAGCUUGAAACUAGCAACAAGCUCAUCAAGCGCGACUUGUUCACUGACCAAGAGGAAAGAGACCGGCUUGAAAAAGAAAAGUUGAAUGAAUACAGACUCUUGAAGGAAAGAAUGAAGAGAGAAAAGCAAUUGCGUGAGGUGGAACAGAAGAUGGAGAUGGCCAAAGAACUAAUGAAAAAUGGCGACAGAAGAAAAUUAGUCGACUCAGAUGGCAACGUUCACUUCAAGUGGAAAACCCAAAGGAAACGCUGA